UUUUGUCGUUUGGUGCUGUAAAGAAUUUCUGAGGAAAAGCAAAUUUUCUUUCAACAAAUCAAAUAUUAAUUUGUCUACUAUAAGUUAUAGUUAUAGUUCAUAAUGCUCUUAGUAUAAAUACAAAAAUAAACUAUAAUGUUGUGAAUGUUCCACAGUUUUGUUCAUGAAGAGCAAAAGUGAUGAAUUUGUGUUAUAGCUAACAAAUCUGGAUACUUGGAAGUUCCAAAUCGGAUACAGGAAGUGAGGGUGUGAAAGUGGUGCUAAAAAUAGUUUUCGGCGAUGGACGAAGCAGUCGGUCUUCCUCAUGGGCCCCCAAUGAACAUCCUGCCUCCCACCCCAGCAGGGCUGGAAAGCUUGUACACCUUGUGCAGGAAAAUCUACCCUGAUCAGGCCAAUCCUCUUCAAGUCACAGCCCUACUAAAAUACUGGUUGGGUGGUCCAGAUCCUUUGGAUUACAUUUCCAUGUAUGCAAAUCCUGGAAUUCCAGAGGAAAACAUUCCUCCUCAUUGGCAUUACAUAAGUUUUGGUUUAUCAGAUUUGCAUGGUGAUGGUAGGGUACAUGACAUAUCAGGCCCUGAAAGUGUAUCAGGAUUUGGUUUUGAAUUGACAUUUAGACUCAAAAGAGAGCCUACUGAAACUGCUCCACCCACCUGGCCUGCCACCCUUAUGCAAUCUUUAGCUAAAUAUGUAUUUCAGUCAGGCAAUACUUUGUGUGCAGGUGACCAUGUUUCAUGGCACUGUGCCCUGGACAAUAGUGAAUCUCGAAUCCAACACAUGCUGAUGACAACUGAUUUGCAAUUGAAGGCUGCUCAGACACCUUAUGGUACUGUGGAUUUCAUACAAAUUGUGGGGAUAUGUGCAGAGGAACUGAAAGCUGUCCAGCAGUGGAAUGGAGCUGGCAUACUGAAUAUAAUCUCAAGGAUACCAUCGGCUGGAGGACCUUGGCACUUGACAGACAUGAGAAGAGGAGAGAGUAUCUUUGAACUGGACCUUAAUGCCCAAGAACAAGUGGAAACAGGUUUUGAAAUGGAAGGAUCCAAUCUUAGUGGAGUCAGUGCUAGGUGUUCUUGGGCAGAGCAGGAUCCUUCCAAACUGGACAUCAUGCAGUUGCAUGAAAAAAGCGAUGAUCAUGACGAUCUUGGGAUGAAAUCAUCAAUGCAACAUGGAUCUUUUGCAAGCCGUAGUAUAUUGGAGUCUGCAGAAUUGAUGCAUGUGAAGCAUUUAGAAGGAGUGCAUCUCAUUUUCAAUCUGGAAGCUGGUAGUUUACUUCCUCUGGCAAUAAGAGGCAGGGUGCGUCACGGCCGCCAUUUCACUUUCAAGUCGGUCCUUGGUGACACAGCUGUCACUCUGGUGGCGCGCUCAGUCACCGGCACGUUGGUGGACCAGGAAAGGCCCUUUGUAGCGCAGGGCGCCUGGCUGCAGGUGCUCGUCGCCGACGAUCUAGCGCAGGACAUGGCGGUCACCUUCCAGGCGCUGGCCAAUCCAGAAGCGUUGGCGCUGCCAAAGACGUUCUCUUGGCCCGAGAAGAGGUUGGCCAUCACGAUCGUGGCCGACAAGGUUUGAGAGAGAUGACGCGAGAAGCAUUCUUGAUUUGAUAAAAAACUCUUGUGAUGAAACUCGAAAGUCAAACGUUGACAACUGUACAGACUUGACAAAGUACUUCUGAAUUUUCAGCUAGUUUGAUGGCUUCCUCGUCCUUGUUUGUUGUUUAGCCAUUGUUGUUCCUAAUGAAAAUCUAGUAGGUCUUUAUCGGCGAUAAUUUCAGUGAGCCAGUGACCUCUAUUUUGAACAACUUUGCAAUUCUUUUCCAUGAUUGCUUAUAUGGAUGUAUAUAUAAGUAUGCUCAGAAUAUAAUAGUUGUGAUUUUCAGAGGUCCAAACCACAAUUUAC